AUGCGAAAACGUAGGAAAGGGGACAGGAAACCUGAGCAACACUUUCAGGAUCUUUGCUACUGCUGUGCGGAGGUGACGAGUCCAGAUGACGAGCUUUGGUUGUAUGGCUUCAGCAGAGGCGCCUACGUGGUGCGCGCUGUGUCGGCUCUCUUCCGAGAUCUAGCCACGUUGCACAAGCAGACGACAGGACAGUUCAACCAGGACUAUCGAGCCGCAUUAGGGUUUCUGAACGCGAAGCAAAAGAGACAGAUCUUGGAAAAGACGCGAGAAGGUCCUGCCAUUCAGUUCCUCGGCCUCUUCGACACGGUGAAAAAGGCUCAAGGAGAUGUGGACUUCGACCUCUCCUACUCGCGGUCCAUCCGUCGCGUUCGCCACGCACUAGCGCUGAAUGAAGAACGAAAUACGCACCAACCUGAGCUGUACAAGACCGAAUCAACACCGGGCUGGGACGCCGAGUCUCUCAUCCAGGCAUGGUUCGUUGGUUGGCACGUUGACAUCGGUGGGGGAGCCAGGGAUGACGGCCUGUCCCUGUAUCCCCUGCAGUGGAUGCUUCUCGAGAGCCAGAAGUUUGGCCUCGUCCUGGAGUACAAGCCGCCAAAGUACAUUGCCGACAAGAUUCCAGUCGAGCACCCGCCCUCUCUGGUGCUGCCGAGUAUUGUGAGCGAGAGCGGUUCAGACCAGCCGUUUCCGAAGACGUGCCUGUUUUCCGGAGGACCCGUCCCCAUCGAGGCGAAUAAAGAGACUGAUCAAGAGGUUCGUCAGUGGGACUUUUGCCUAGCCAGCGGUAUCACAGUCAACAUGUUUGAUUUGCGAGCCUCCCACCGCCAUGGCAACCUUCAGAAAAGACAGGGGAAGAAGCUGAAGAAGAAGGGUCAUGUGGAGAAGGCUUCUCACGAAGUAAGACUGAAUCCACCGGAUAAAUUAUUCACGGGCUACCAGCGGCGCCCGCGCUCAGUGUUUGACGAGCGGGGUGUGGCGGGUUAUAACGAACAUGAUCCGUAUGGCACCAUCAUACAUCCGUCAGUCUACUUUCUGAAGGACACAUAUCCUAGCUUGGGCAUCAAAGACGCUCUGCAGAAGAUGGAAGACAGACUGGAAGACUUUAGCAGCCAAUUCCAGUCGCCCGAGCACAGCAAUUUCUUUCCCUGGUUGCUGGAGCGUACGCUGAAGACUCGAUAUGAGCAAGUGCGCAUCCUCAUCUGCGGUCGAUGCGGGGUGGGCAAGUCGACGUUGCUGAACCGCAUAUUCGGCAUGAAAAUGACUGUAGAAAAUGAGGACACGCGGGGAAUUCAUGACAUGGAGCAAGGGUUUGAGUCAGAUCAAUAUCCCGGCAUUAUCAUUCACGAUUCGGAAGGCUUCGAGGCGGGUGACAUCAAACGCGUUCAGGCUUUUGAGAUGUUCCUGAAGAAACGGGGUUCUUCUGCCCCAGAGAAGGAUCAGCUGCAUGCCGUCUGGAUUUGCAAUGAUAUGGACACAAGCCGGCCCAUCGAAGCCGCAUUUGAACUCGUUCUUGGAAUCAUUGCCAAGUAUGCCCCAUCUCUUCCAGUCGUCCUCGUCGGGACCAAGAAGGAUAAGUUCCUCAGGCAAGAGACCGAACUGAGCAGGGAAGAAAUCCGAGCAUUGGAAACAGGGCGAGCCCCUGAGCCACAACGCGAGCUGGACAUCGCUCGUGAUCUGCAAAAACGACAAAGUUGGCAGAAGAGGCUGGCGAUAGAUUGUGCCGACGCCAACGACAAACUGGACAUCAAGGUGACUUUCGUCUCGAGAGACAACCGAGAGUCCAUCAUGGCUCUGAUGCACUUGACCCUCGAGCCACUCAACUCUGAGAGCCUUCGUUCAGGUAUGGUAGCAGCCCAAGUAGUUGAUCUAGAUCUCAAGAUUGCGCUGGCAGUUGAAGAGACUGUUCGUUUGCUCCGCACAGCAGUCACGGCCUCUAACUUGGGGGCUCUGCUUGUCGUUGUGAACAGGAUCUCGGCGCCCACGUAUUCGCGGCUUCUUUGCAACGCUAUCGUCCGAUCCUUUGGUUUGACACGCAUGACCACCAGCGGACUCACUCGCGAGGAGGAGGUCGACAAUAUCAUGAGCACGGUUGUGUGGAGGAACCUCUCCUCCUUCAUGGCACGGUCAUUCUUCGUAGCCAUCGGAGACGUGUCGCUCUUAGUUGCGGCACCGUUAUUCGAGGCCCCGGUGACAGCGCGGAUGGUCGUCAAAUGUGCAUGCGAUCUCAUCAUCAUCAUGGACCGGGCCUUCCACACUGGCGGAAAGUUUGUCACGCGGCAGCAGAUCCGACAGGCCUCGCGGGAGUACGUACAACCUCUUGCAGAAAGCGAGUUGCGCGGCCUGCGCGACCGGACAGGCGUCAAGUCGGGCUCUUCGAGAAGACGGUUGGUCCAUAAGCGCGUCAACGCGCUGAUACCGGUGAUUUCGGCAUUAGCGGUGAAGAUAUACAGGAAGCGUCAGAUUGAAAGCCUGCAACGAGGCAUUCGAGAGAUCAUUGAGGAUUAUCGAAUCCAGUCGGCAACAGACCACUAUCUGGAAAGCGAUGAAUCUGUUGCUUCUAGCGACACAUUGUCUGUGGGAACUGGCUCACUGAACGAGACGCUGGACGUUGCUUCGGAGGAUGAUGAGGAUUUGAAGGCGUUUUCGGAUAUGAGCAUCAAGGGGCAAGGGGCGUGA